CGUGUAGCCCUACUUUAUCAAACUUUGCCACACCCCCCAAAUCUCAUCCUCACUGGGAAGCAAACCCUAAUUUUACGAAGGAGGAAUUUAUAAACAAUCGCUUGCGAAACUUCCUAGGGUUUCUCUCGUUCCUCUUGUUCCCCAUUGACGGUCCUUAAUUCCGGUGGAUUUGCCAUUUCUUAUUCGGAACUCUAACUUUUUCUAUCGUUUUUGUCUUCACCAGCGUUCAUCGAUUUGCCUUGUUCUUGUUCUGGGCAAUUGGUGGUCGGUUCCUGUUUUCCAAAGAUUUCACGUGAAUUGAUUUUCGUAGACAGUGACACCGAUUGCCGUUUUGUUUUGUUUUUUUCUCGAUAAUCACCAUUUUGUUGGCAUCCGUUUAGAUCUUAUAUAUAAAGUCAGGCGCUGUUUUAUUCGUCGAGACUUCCGGGUGAAAUCGGGAAUUCUAUUUCUAGUUUCUCCAAAUACGUUCCUUUUUAUCUUGAUCUUUGCCUCCGCUUUUGUUAUCUGAAUCGGAUCGUUUGACAAGAAAGAUGGUUGGAGGAGGAAACAGGAAGGACGAAGGAUCGAUGGCGAUUCAGAGCACGAACUUGUUUGCCGCUUUGGACACUCUGAGGAAGAAGAAGAAGUCGGACAAGGCGAGUAAGAGCAAAGGUUCCUCGAAGUCUUCCUCACGGCAGGAGCCGCAGAAGGAGCCCGAGCGUCAGGUCUUCUGGGCUCCGACUCCGCUUAAAGCGAAAUCGUGGGCUGAUGUAGACGAUGACGACGACGACGAUGAUUAUUAUGCUACCGCUGCUCCGCCUCAGUCUGUCUGGGGCGCUUCUCAGCCAUCCCAUUCGGAUGAAAAAAUCAUUCAUGUCGAGGAAAGCGAAAGUGAAGAAGACAUUCUAGAUGAAGGGGAUGAAGAUGUGGAGGAAGAGCAUGAACAGGAGGAAGAACAAGUGCUCCCAGAGCCAGAACCUGUGGUGAAGAAGACUCCUGAAGUUCCUGCUCCUCCCAAGGAAGCAGAGAGGCAACUUUCCAAGAAAGAGAGGAAGAAGAAAGAACUUGCUGAGCUCGAGGCUUUGUUGGCUGAUUUUGGAGUUGCCCCAAAGGAGAGUAAUGGCGAAGAACACUCCCAAGAGGCUAAACAAGAAAAGAAAGGAGAAGAAGAGGCGGAAAAGGAAAACCCUACCGGAGAGUCGAAGGCUUCAAAGAAGAAGAAAAAGAAAGACAAGAACAAGGAGGCGAAAGAAUCUCAGGAACAAGCGAACAACAAUGCCGAAACUGCUGUUUCUGCUCCUACCGGAACAGAAGAGGCGGCUCCCGGGGAAGAGGAGGAGUCUUCUUCGGUGGAUGUCAAAGAACGGCUAAAGAAGAUGGCUUCCAUGAAGAAGAAGAAAUCGAGCAAAGAGAUGGAUGGUGCUGCAAAAGCUGCUGCGCAGGAGGCGGCUGCAAGGCGGGCAAAGGUAGUUGCUGCGAAGAAGAAGGAGAAGAACCACUACAACCAGCAACCGGGGAGGUGAAUGUGAAUUUCGGCCACAUUUUGAUCCGACAGAAAAUACAAAAAGAAAAAUAUGGACAUGUAUUUUCCUUCUGUUUGUUCAUACGAGACUUUGCCGGGAUAUGAAGCUCUUGUGGGGGCGACGGUUUGGUGGAAAUCUGUUUUAGAGUUGAGACAAAGCUCGCUUUUUUUUUUGUCUUUAGAAGUUUCGUUUUCUUGUGGAACCAUUGUUUUCUCAGCUAUAAUCAGACGUUUUAGUUACAAAAUGGCAUUUCAUUGUGGAAACAGAGAACCAUUUGUUACAGUA